CAUGGCUGGUGAAUGCUGGAGAGGGGACCCCGGGCACGCAGCGGCUCAAGAGGGGUUGGGAAGGCGCGGGAUCUAGCUUCUCCCACCGGGCUCCGGGGAGGAGUCCAGCCCCUCCCCAGGGAGACUUGGGGCAUUUCCCCCCCCCCCCCCCGCUCCCUGGCAUGCCCGGGCUGCCUCUCCCCGCGCCGGGUGGAUGGCAGGCGGGGGAAGCAGCGGCAGACGGCCAGUGCUGGUAGGGGGAAGGCAGCACCUUGCCUCGGUCCAUUGCUGCCCCCUGAGCCGGCGCGGGGGGCUAUGAAGCACCAUGGUGUGGUGUGACCGGGGGGUCCAGAUGCUGCUGACCACGGUGGGAGCCUUCGCCGCCUUCAGCCUCAUGGCCAUCGCCAUCGGCACCGACUACUGGCUCUACUCCAGCGCCCACAUCUGCAACGGGACCAACCUCAGCAUGGAGGAGCCGCAGAGCCAGAGCCAGCCCCGCCGGGCGAAGGGGGACCUCACGCACUCCGGGCUCUGGCGGAUCUGCUGCCUGGAAGGAAUCUACAAAGGACAUUGCUUCCGAAUCAACCACUUCCCUGAGGACAAUGACUAUGACCAUGACAGCUCAGAAUAUCUUCUCCGUAUUGUCCGUGCCUCCAGUGUAUUCCCCAUCCUGAGCACAAUAUUGCUAUUACUGGGAGGACUCUGUGUCGGAGCAGGAAGGAUUUACAACAGCAAAAACAACAUUAUCCUCAGUGCUGGGAUUCUGUUUGUUGCAGCAGGACUAAGUAAUAUCAUAGGGAUCAUUGUCUAUAUAUCCAGCAAUGCAGGUGACCCAAGUGACAAGAGAGAUGAGGACAAAAAGAACCAUUACAACUACGGCUGGUCUUUUUACUUUGGAGCUUUGUCUUUUAUUGUGGCUGAAACCAUAGGAGUACUGGCAGUGAACAUUUACAUUGAGAAAAACAAAGAGUUGAGAUUUAAAACCAAGAGGGAAUUCCUUAAGACUUCUUCCUCUUCCCCUUAUGCCAGGAUGCCAAGCUAUAGGUACAGGAGGAGGAGAUCCAGAUCAAGUUCUCGAUCUACAGAGCCUUCUCCGUCUAGGGACAUUUCUCCAGUUGGCAUGAAGAUUGCCAGUUCCAUCCCUAUGAAUGAAAUUUCCAUGUACACUCUGUCCAGAGAGCCCUUGAAGAUUACAACUGCAGCCAGUUACAAUGCGGACCAAGAAGCCAGCUUUCUGCAAGUCCACAACUUUCUUCAGAAGGAAUUUAAAGAAGGACUCCACAUCAAUAUGGUUAACAGGAGAACAACACCUGUCUGAAGGGUUUGCUUUCUCUCUCUUUCUUUUUCAAAGCGUCAAAACAGAAUAGAGCCUCCAAAAAAGAGAAGGAGCAAUUUAAAAUCCUUCUCAAAACAGGACAUGUGCUGGGCUAGCAAAUGGAGACCUUGGAAUACUGGAAUGGCCUAAAGAUAUUGUACAUUCAUAGCUGUUUUAAAAGCUGUUUGGAGUUUGUUUCAUUAAAGUUCCCGAUGUCACAAGAAAGUGAAAGCAGCUCACAUCCCUGCAGUUUUGUAAUGUACACAACGUGUCAGAGAAACUGGAAAAGAGUUAGCUACUAGGGCGUUUUAAAGAAUUACAGAAGAAUUGCAAUGUGAUUUUUUUUUUAAAUAAAGCCCCUUAAAAUAAUCAUAAUUCAUGGCCAAGUCCAAAGCUUAUCACAAAUGGAGCCUAAUGCAGCUCUUCAAAACUACGAUCCAGUUUCCUUUCACACAGGGAAGAGGGAGCAGAGAUCUGUCUCAGAAGCAACUGCCUCCUUGAGAAAAUAAAAUCUAGAAGGCAAAACUAUUUGCAGCCAGCUUGCGCUACUGAACUGUAGCAUUCCAAUGUACUGUGUGUUGCAGCAUUCUACAGUGGGCGAGCUACAGUGGUCAGUACUGCCUCCACUGGUAGAUCCUGUGCAAUAGAACCCAGGAGCUGAUGGAGCCAAUGCAGAUGAAGCAGUGAGCAUAGAGUGGAUGCAUUCUAAAAUAAUGAAAUGGUGUGGAGUUAAAGCAGAAGCUGCUCAAACGUAUUUGCAAAUGUCAUUUCUUGCCUAAAGUUUAGAACACUUGAAUCGUCUCAUUGCUAAUAGACCUAGUCCCUGAUCCUGCCAGGUGCUGAGUGCUUCCUGCGUGUACAGGGUGCACCAGACCUCUCAGGAUCCGUUUCCUAUACACUACGUGCUGCAGGAACAGGAAACAGAGCUGGGCCUGUCGGAACCAAUACCUGUGAAAUUGAAGAUUCCACAAGGGUUGCACAUUACCCUUUUUUCCUUGACACUUCACAAGCGCAACACUAAUGCUAACGCAAGUUAAUGUAUCCAGGCUACGUGUGUAAGAAAAGGGAAAGCUAAUCUACCAAUCCAACCUACUAUUCAGAGUGGUGAACAUUUCUGCAAAAUGCAGACUUAUAGGUCAUGUAAUGACAAUUUUAAAAGAUAGAUCAAAAAUAAUUGCAGUUUACUAGAUAUUUAUUAAACUUUUUAUUAUGAAAAAGCACCCCGGGGUGCAAGUUGCAGUUGUUUUUACACUGAAACUGUGGUUCAAAGUAAUGUAAUUUAUUCUGGAAUGAUGGAAUUCACUAAGUUCAGAGAGGCCCACAGGACCCUGUAUGUAACUUACGGUGGGGAAAAACGUGGAUUUGUGGGGUUUGAGGGGUUGUUAUUUGCUUCUUUAUGAUUUUUCUAAAAAGGGCUGAAAUAUUUUCUUUUAAAUUCCUAUUUCAUUUUUACAUUAGACAUUGUGAUGCUCUCCUCAGGGAAGGUGAGUAUGCUCUCUAAGCCAACAAGCUGGAAUGUAUUCUGCCUCUUUACAGCCAGCGGAUUUGAUCAUUUCUAUGAGUAUCCAGAGAGAGGGACUGGACACUGCAAAGCCACAUUCCCGUGGAACUUGAGUUCACUGAACGUUACUUGCAAGGCAAGAUUUAAACUAGCACAAUCUCAAGGAGUUUCCGGGUCAGGCACACAGACUGGAGUGGCAGGGAGCUCUCAUAUAGUUUAAGCUCCAGCAAAGCUCCCUCUCACUAAGGCAGAGAGGUAACAUGGUGGCUUAUGGCUCUGGGGACCCUGAGGAGAGCAUCAAAGACUUUUAGGCUGGGAUUUUCCAAAAGAGGCUAAGGGCUCGAUCGAGAGAUAGUUGAACUCAGUGGAAGGCCUUCCACUGACUUCAAUGGGCUUUGGACCAGACUUCAUGGAAGCUAAGGAUCCAGCUCCUUUGAAGAGUCCAGCCCUAGGUCUGGUCUACAUUACAGACCUAUAACUAUGUCACGCAGGGUGUGAAAAAUCCACACCCCUUAGCAACAGUUAUAUCGACCUAAUUCCCCAUGUAGACAGUGAUAUAUUGGCAGGAGAGCAUCUCCCACCGACAUAGCUACCGCUUCUCGGGGAGGGGGAUUAACUACGCCGACAGAAGAGUUCUCUCCCGUCGCCAUACAGCAUCUUCAUUAAAGCACUGCAUCGGUGCAGCUGCAUCAGUGCAAGCGUUUUAAGCAUAGAAUUGACCCUAGGUCUUGUCUGCCCUAAAAGCUCUACAGUGAACGGUGGACUAGUGAAAUAACAUCACAAGAGCGAAGACUGAAAAAGUUAAACAACUGAGGGUUGGAGUCCGCAGCCAGAUUUUUUAAAAAUGCUUUGUUUGUGAACCCCUAUUUAACGUCCAUGACUAAGUGACAUUUUACGUAAAGGAUGUCUUUUUUAAAGGUUGAACAUCCCUCCACCUUUCAAUUAGGGCACAACAUUUCCCAGCAAAGUUGAGCUGAGUCCUACAAAACUCCAGAAGGAACGGCCUUGGCAUUCCAAACUACAAGAAUAAAAAAUAAAAAACCAACAACAAAACCCACAAAUAGCUCAGGCCUUCUCACACCAUCAUGAAGAAGGAAAAUCAGGUACAAUCUCAAUUUUUAAAGAAUCUUGUCCUUGUCCUCUUUAAAUCCAAUUUAGGCCUCAAUCGAGCAUUUAAACACAUGCUUAAUUUUGCAAGUAAUCCAAUUAAAGCAGAUUGGUGCAUUAAUUCCUCUUUAAGAGUUUAUGUGGCUCUAAAACUCCACUAGGAUCCUUGUUUAAGUCCUCUGUACUGGGGUGAAUUUCACCCUGAGAGCUGAAUAGAAUGGAAUGUAGGGAAUUCUAAGGCAUUAAGGGGAAAGAUAUUAACAGAUUUUUUUAAUUUUUCAAAUGCUGAUUUGAACAGGAGGGAAAAUUCUUAUCUACUUUCCAAUACAGAACUUUUUGAGGAAGAGGGAUGGGUGGGAGUAGGUGAAGUUAUUAAACAUCUUGCAGAGAAUUUUUUACAUAAAUCUUUAUGCUUUCAAACAAUAAAUUGCCUACCUUUUUGAGAUUUCUUAAUUAAAAUCAUUUUAUUAGCUAUGAUAGAGGUAGAAAAGCACAUUAAAGAAAAGCAUUCUGUCUCAAUGUGUCAUACUAAGUGCUUAUUAAUUUACACCUAUUAUAGUCAAUGUAUUUCCAAGUGCAAUUCCCCAGAAUUGUUUCCUAUUGUGUUAAUAAAGUAAGAGCUAGACAUUAGUCCUCAUUUGUGUUUGCUGUAGUUUAAAAAAAUCAUUCCCUUUCAAAACCCAAUUUCCCAACCAGACAGUGUUUCGUUCAAAAUUUUUCCACCAGCAGACUGUUGAGUAGUCCCUUACUCCAUGAGUAGUCCCUCUGAAAUCAUUUUGGCUACUCUAGGAGUAAGGUAAAACACAGCAACACUGAGGGCAGCAGAAUCUCCUUUUGUUUUAUGUGUGGACAGUACUGGGCACAAUGGAGCUCUGAUCUCUAGGAUUUUUAGAUGCAACUCCAGUAUUAUUAAUAAUAAUAAUAAUAAUCAGGUUCUUUGAAAUAAUCCUAGCCAGAAAACACAACAUUCAGUAUUAACAGAGAAAAAUGGCUACAUGGAGUUAUUUGACCAUCUCUUCCUAUUUCUCAUUCCAAACAGAAUAGGGAUGAAAAUAGCAGUCUCUUCACAUGCUGUUUAUUUUCAGUAAUAGAACAUUUUAGCAUUUCUUUUUCUGUUCUUUCUGUAUAGGUCACAUAUCCACAAGGGCUAAUCUACCAUGUCCCUUGAGGUUAUAUUUCUGUCUGCAGUUCUAAAAGUAUUAUUUCCAAUGUGCAUCAGUUCUGCCCAUAUAAUCACAAAUACGUAUACUGUACUUACUAUUAUUUUUAAAUAAAAUGUUUUAAAUGUG